CUGAGGUUAUGGGAUUAUUGAGAACGCGACGUCCGGGUUCGUUGAAGUUCGUUCCUCCUUCACAAAAUGCGUAAAUAUUUUGUAAUGUUAUUUUAACACUAUUAUAGUAUUGUCUGAUAACUUUUAAUUAAUCAACUACAAGUUGAAAGUUUGCUUAGUGUUGAUAUCAUAAAACAAUGGCUGAGAAUCCUAGCAGCGAUGGCCUUUCGGAGGCUGAAAGACUUAGAGAAGACGAAUUAGCCCAGGAAUUGGAACACAGUGACUCAAACGAGGAAGAUCAAGAAAUAUCAUUAGAAAUAGAAGAGAAGUUGUUGAAAGAUGAACCUGAAUAUACAACAUUAGUCAACUAUGGGGAGAGUUCACAAAAUGCCAAUUUGGAGACUGAAGUAAUUGAAACCUACUCUGACAGCUCUCAGAAUGUAGAGACUAUUCAUAGAGCUGAUGAACUUGGUAACAUAUACACAGACAACUCUGACACUUUUGUUAGUUCGCAGCCAGAUACUCUUGCUGACCAGUAUGAACCAUACAUAAACGAAUACUCAUUUGACAACGGAAACCUUGAUCAACAACAAGUAGACCUUACAGAGGACAAAUUUGACAAAUUGGAGGAAGAAAAUAAGGACACUACUAUUAUACCAAACAUGAAUGACUUCCAACAGAGUGAAUCAGUGGAAUAUGAAUCUCAAAUUACAGAGGAAAUGUUAAUAAAUGAAAGGGAAAGAGAAAAGAAGAGUAAAAAGGAGUUGGAAGAAGAGGAGAGAGAAAAGAUGCAGGUUCUAGUCUCAAACUUCACAGAAGAACAGUUGGAUAGGUAUGAAAUGUACCGUCGAGCUGCAUUCCCCAAGGCUGCUAUAAAAAGGCUGAUGCAGACUAUCACAGGAUGUUCAGUCGGACAGAAUGUUGUGAUUGCCAUGUCUGGUAUUGCUAAAGUAUUUGUUGGUGAAGUUGUCGAAGAAGCUCUGGAGGUAUUAGACAAGUCUGGCGAAGCCGGACCAUUACAACCGAAGCAUUUGCGUGAGGCUCUAAGAAGGCUGCGGGUUAGAGGUGCUAUACCUACUAGAAAAGCACACAAGAGUAUGUUUAGACUAUAGCUUUGUAAGUACUUAUUCAUAACUUAGUAACUUAGGUAUUGGUUGUCAUUUUUUAAUUCUAAAGCAAAACAAAUAUCAUAUGUUUUAUAUUUU